AUGGCCGCCGCCGGCGAUCAGCUGGAGACUGUGGAGGUGACGCUGCGCGCCGUCGGCCCGUCCCGCCCAACCACCCUCCGCCUCCCUCCGCUUCUCUCGGUCGCCGAGCUUCGCGGCCGCAUUGCGCGCGAACGCCGUCUGGCAGGCACAGAAGAGGUUCGACUCCGGCUGGUCCUGCGGGGGAAGACGCUCCCGCACCAAGACGAUACCCGUGUCAAUCUCCGCGAUGGGGAUACUCUAAUAGUGGCCGUGGCACCUAAGCCUCCUGCUAAUCAUCUCCUUGACAAUGACGAUGAGGAGGAAGAAGAGGAAGAACUGAAGUUCCAAAUACCACAAACGACAACCUUGUGGAAGAGGAAAAUUUUUAUGUUUCUUCGAGACAAGUUGAGAUUACCUGAUAUCAUUUUGAUGGCCCUGUUUUCUCUCAGUAUGAAAGCAUGGAUUAUCAUUGCAAUGUGGUUCCUAUUGGCACCGAUUGCUCAGAAGUACGACGUUGGACCUUUAUAUAUACUUGGUACCGGUUUCUUGAUCAUACUUCUUAAUCUUGGAAGACGACAACAAGGUGAUGUUAGUGCAUACUCCAUAUUCAACGAAGAUUUUAGGGAGCUGCCAGGAACACUUAAUGCAGAUCGCAUUGAUCGAGAUAUCCGGGCAGGUCAAUUUUAA